AUGAAAGGAAUUCUUAGCAAUUCAUGGAAGCAAAGAUAUAAUUCCCGUCGUAUUCAGUGGGACGUGAUCAAGAAGAGAGCCCUGAUUGGGGAUAACGUUGGCUUGACGUCGUAUAAACAUCGGCAUUCUGGACUAGUGAAUGUACCUGAGGAACCCAUUGAAGAGGAGGAGGAGGAGGAGGAGGAGGAGGAGGAAGAAGACCAGGACAUGGAUGCAGAUGACAGAGUGGUGGUAGAGUACCACGAGGAGCUCCCAGCUCUCAAGCAGUCCAAAGACCGGAGCACGUCCAGACGGUCCAGUGCCAGCAGCUCAGACUCAGAUGAAAUGGACUAUGAUCUGGAACUGAAAAUGAUUUCCACUCCUUCCCCAAAGAAGAGCAUGAAAAUGACUAUGUAUGCUGAUGAAGUGGAAUCUCAGUUGAAAAACAUUAGGAACUCCAUGAGGGCAGAUAGUGUAUCUUCAAGCAAUAUCAAAAACCGAAUUGGUAACAAACCGCCACCUGAGAAAUUUGCAGAUGUCCUAGAUCUAUUAGAUGAAAAACGCCAGCACUCGCGUCCACGACCACCAGUCAGCAAUACUAAAUCAGCGGUUAGAAAAAGACCAUAUUCUCCAGAAAAGGCUUUUAGUAGUAACCCAGUGGUUCGGAGAGAGCCCUCUUCUGAUGUUCAUAGUAGACUAGGUGUUCCUAGGCAAGAUAUUAAAGGCCUCUACGCCGAUACUCGGGAGAAGAAAUCAGGUAAUUUAUGGACUCGCUUAGGAUCUGCACCCAAGACCAAAGAAAAGAGUAUGAAGAAAGGAGAUCAUAGGGCACCUGGCACUGAGGAAGAUGACUCCGAGCUGCAAAGGGCGUGGGGGGCUCUGAUUAAGGAGAAAGAGCAGUCUCGCCAAAAGAAGAGCCGCUGUUACCAGCACCCUUUCCCCAAGAAAAGUCAAUUCCCAGGUGCUUAUUGGACAUCCUUCGAGGGGGAAGAUGAGGGAAGCGGCCAGCUCACCCUUCCGGGGCCCUAGUCUGGGGGCGAAUCUCAUGGACCUGACCUCAGAGGUACACCAGUGCCGCCAGGUAGAUAAUAGAUGCAGCAUUGAUUGUGCUUCUGUUCUACCCUCGGGAUUGCUCAUAUUGCAAGCCUCUUACUUGCUGUCAGCCUGAUGUGAAGAUCAAGUUCAGUGCUGUGGGAUUUUUAGGAACAAAAACCUGUGACUUCUGGAUUUGGGGUUGAUUUUUGUGCUAGGGGUGGGAUUAUGGGUUAAUAUUGAACAAUUUCUAAGUCUGUAUUAUGUUUAAAACACGAAUGAUUUAAAAGUUUAAAUUUUUAAUUUUUAUAUGUGGAAAUUCUUCCUGUUGGCUAAAGGGGAAGCUCAAGUGGUAUCUUCUUUUGUGCUGUUAAAUAUAUAUUCUAUUCUUUGCAAGAAGGCA